AUGAGCCCCGGGCCGCCGCUUGGCCUCCUCCUCCUGCUGCUGCUGUGCGGGCCGCUGCGGGGGGCUCCGGGCGAGGGCGCGGGGACUUGGGCCCGCUUCGCCCAGCUGCCCUCCCCGCAGGACCAGCUCUUCCUGUACGACGCCUUCCCCGAGGGCUUCCUGUGGGGCGCCGGCACGGCGGCGUACCAGGUGGAGGGCGCCUGGCGGCAGGACGGCAAGGGCCCCUCGGUGUGGGACGCCUGGGCGCACCGCGGCGCCGCCGCUGCCGCCGGACCCCCGGGGGGCGGCCCCGGCGGGGCGGGCGACGUGUCCGCCGACAGCUACCACCGGCUGCAGCGCGACCUGGACGGGCUGGCGCUGCUGGGCGUCUCGCACUACCGCUUCUCGCUGGCCUGGGCGCGCCUGCUGCCCAACGGCACGGCGCCGCUCAACGGGGCGGCCGUGCGCUACUACGCGGCGCUGCUGGCCGGCCUGCGGGCCCGCGGCGUGGAGCCGGUGGUGGCCCUCUACCACUGGGACCUGCCCCAGCGCCUGCAGGAGGCCCACGGCGGCUGGCAGAGCCCGGCCCUCGUCGCCCGCUUCCGCGACUACGCCGAGCUCUGCUUCAGGCACCUGGGCGCCCACGUGCGCUACUGGCUCACCCUCGACAACCCCUACCUCGUCGCCUGGCACGGCUACGCCACCGGCCGGCUGCCCCCCGGCGUCAAGGGCGGCGGCCGGGCGGCCUACAGGGCGGCGCACAACCUCCUCAAGGCUCAUGCCAAAGUCUGGCACCUUUACAACAAUAAUUUCCGAGCAACCCAAGGAGGUCGAGUGUCCAUUGCCUUAGGUUCUCACUGGAUAGCUCCUCAAACGAUGACUAGAGAAGAUAUAAUGGACUGUCAGAAAUCUCUGGACUUUGUAUUGGGCUGGUUUGCUAAGCCUCUGUUUAUUGAUGGAGACUACCCUCAGAGCAUGAAGGAUAAUCUGCCCUCAGUGCUGCCAGAAUUUACCGAAGCAGAGAAGAAGUUUAUUAAGGGAACAGCUGAUUUCUUUGCUCUGUCCUUUGGAGCUACACUGAGUUUCCAUCUUGUGGAUUUUGCCAUGAAGUUCCAUCAGCAGGAAUCACUCAACUUGAGGCCUCUUCUUUACUGGAUAAGCAAGGAAUAUAACAAACCCGAGAUCUUCAUAGUGGAGAAUAGCUGGUUUAUUUCGGGACGCACCAAGACAGAUGACAGCAAGUAUAUGUAUUAUCUCAAAAGAUUCAUUAUGGAAACUUUAAAAGCUAUUCGAUAUGAUGGAGUUCAUGUCAUUGGAUACACGGUUUGGUCACUCAUGGAUGGCUUUGAAUGGGUCAGAGGCAACGUUCGAAGGGGUCUGUUUUAUGUUGACUUUCAAAGUCAUGAUAAAGAGUUGAUGUCAAAGUCUUCAGCACUUUUCUACCAAGAAGUGAUACGAAAAAAUGGUUUCCCUCCUUUACCAGAAAACCAGCCGACAGAAGGGAUUUUCCCCUGUAAUUUUGCUUGGGGAAUUAUUGAACAUAAUCUUCACAUUGAUACAACUCCAUCCCAGUUUCUUGACCCCAAGGUUUAUGUUUGGGAUGUCCAUCGAACCAAGACCCUCAUUAAAGUUGAGGGAGUUGAAGCCCCAAAACGCAAGCGUCAUUGUGCUGAUCUUGCUGCCAUCAGACUUCAGAUUUCUUUACUUGGAGAAACGCACAUCACACACUUCUAUUUUUCAUUGAAAUGGUCUUUGAUUCUCCCUUCAGGUAACCUGUCUUAUGUUAACCACACACUCCUGUUUUAUUAUCAGUGUUUUGUCAGUGAACUACUUAGAGUUAAUAUAACUCCUGUGGUCGCUUUGUGGAAGCCUAUGGGUGAGAAUCAAGGACUUCCUGUUUCUCUAGCCAAGCAUGGUGGGUGGGAGAACCCUCUGACGGUGCGUGCCUUUGAGGAGUAUGCAAGACUUUGCUUUAAAAAGCUUGGCCAGCAUGUCAAAUUCUGGAUCACAAUAAAUGAACCUUACACAAAGAACCUGACGUUCACUGCAGCUCAUAAUCUACUAAAGGGUCAUGGUAAAGCCUGGCACCUUUACGAUAAAGAAUUCAGGAAGACUCAGAAGGGUAAAAUAUCGAUUGCCUUGCAAGCUGACUGGGCUGAACCAGCCUGCCCCUUUUCGGAAGAUGACAAAAUGGCUGCUGGCCGAGUUUUGGAAUUUGACUUUGGCUGGUUUGCCGAGCCCAUCUUUGGAAAGGGUGACUAUCCAGAUGUGAUGAGACAGUGGCCUUACCAAAGAAGCAACAGAGACAUGUGGGAUUUCUACUUACCUUACUUCUCAGAGGAGGAAAAAAAGCUAAUUCAUGGUUCAUUUGAUUUUUUUGCUUUAAGUCACUACACCACAGUACUUGUGGACUCAGAAAACGAAGACCCAGAGAAAUACGAUCAAAGGCUCAAGGUCCAAAUGCUAAAUGACAUCACUUGGCUGGAAUCGCCCAAUGGAAGUAGAGUAGUGCCUUGGGGGUUGCGCAAAAUCCUCCAGUGGGUAAAAAGUAAAUAUGGUGAUAUACCAAUUUACAUCGUAGCCAAUGGGAUUGAUGACAAGCCAGAUGCGGCUGAAGACAAGCUGAGGAUAUAUUACAUACAGAAUUAUAUCAAUGAAGCUUUAAAAGCCUACACCUUGGAUAAUGUCAACAUCCGAGGCUAUUUUGCCUAUUGUUUCAUCGAUAGGACUGAUCCUAAAUAUGGCCUCUUCCAUUACAUUGUCAACCGGUAUGAGCCAAGACCUUCUGUGAAGCAUUACAGGGAGAUAAUUGACAAGGGUGGCUUUCCAGGCCCAGGAACCCCAGAACUGCUUUGCCCAGAGGAAAUUGCCCUUGAACCAGACUAUGGUGCUUUCCAGCCCAGAAGAUCUUUUCUUGCGUUUAUCUCUUUUAUAUGUUUUGCUUUCAUUGUUACUGUAUUUAUGAUAAUUAACUAUUCCAAGAAGGUUGACAAAAGAUACAAAUAG